AUGGGAAAUGUUCAGUCUUCAUCAACAGAUGGCCAAUCCCUAACACCAUCAGGUGAUGACAAUCAGAAUCAAAAUCAAAAUCAUAACCAGAAUAAUAAUAAUAAUAAUAAUAAUAAUCAAAGAGAUAACUCCAGAUAUAAUUCAGACAUUAAUAAUAAUAAUAAUAAUAUAGAUCAUAAUAAUAAUAAUAAUAAUAAUAAUAAUAAUAAUAAUAAUAAUAAUAAUAAUACUACGAGUACAACAUCAACUACUAGUACAAAAUCCAAAACAUCGCCAUCACCGCCAAAUCCAGAUAGUUCCGACAAGCCAACAUUAUCAACAUUGUCACAUGAAAAGUUGAAAAGACUUUUUUUGGAGACAGAGGCAACAGACAGCAGUAAAACAAACGACGGGUCAAUCGUUUUUUUUCACAAGGUCGCCAAUCAAUCCAUGUCACCGGACAAACAAAGCAACCACAAGUUGUUUUCCUCGAGUAGUACUUCAAGCACGAGCCUAAGUUUUCAAUUUUCCAAUGAAUUUAAAAGGAAAUCCAACUCUUCCAGCCACAAUGACCUUGAAUCGCUCAUGUACCAGUCUGGGAGAUCGCCGUCCAUGCCGAGUAGCUUUCAAAUGUCACCAGGAUCGUCGUCGUCGUCGUCUGCCCUCAAAAACAAGACACUUGCAGAGUACUAUAUGGAAAACGAUUCUUUCUCUGACGAUGAGUUUGAUAGUGACGGGGAAUUCAUUGACGACGAUGAAGACGAUGACGACGAUGACGAUUAUGAAGGACCGGUCGAUUCAUACAAGUACAACCAGGCCAACAACAACCAUCACCACCAUGGCAGUAGUCUCAAAGAUUUGCUAUCCGACCAAGACGAUGAUGACCUAGACUCUAACAACAUUAAUAAUAUCAAGAAACAAAGAGCCGAUGACAACAACGGUCAUAAAGGCAUCCACCAUCUACAAUAUCAUCAUCCACAUCCUUCUUCUCCUCUUCCUCCUCCUGGAUCACCCUCCUCACAUUACCUAUCAUAUGAUAUACCACAUUCACCUCAACAACAACACCAUAAUCACACUCAUCAUCCUCACCACCAAAACAAACAACAUCAUCACCUCAACCAUCACUUCUUUGGGAUGGAACUUGACAAUAAUGUCACCUCUAAUCAUAUAUCCCGAUCACCUUCUUCACCACUCGAGACAUUUGGUCAACCACAACAGCAUCAUAUUCAAAACCACCAUAUUUCAAAACCCACGCCUAUUCAACCAAAAUUCGAUCCAUCAUCUUCCAACAAUCAUUCACCAUUUAGUUCUCCAAGUCACCGAUCCUCUCCCAUCACUACAUUAAUCGCGACCUCUUCUUCUAACUCUUCAAAACCACCGCAACAACAACAACAAUCACUCAAACAAUCCACUUCACCAAUCCCAACCACCACCACAUCACCUACCAUUAGUCGGAUUUCGACGACUAAUUCGGCACCAUCUCCCUCAUCUUUUCCACUAUUUAUUCGACCAAACCAAAAUCCAAAUGGUAAAGGACCUUCCAUUUCAUCUAUUAUUUCAAAUAAUAAUAAUAAUAAUAAUAAUAGCAAUAAUAAUAACAACCCUUCAUCCUCUUCCACCUCCUCAACAACUAUACCUCAACCUCAACCAUUACAAUUAUCUUUAAAUAUUACAAAUUACCAAUAUCCAAAUAAUAAUAGUAAUAAUAAUAAUAAUAAUUUAAAUACACAGAAUAAUAAUAAUAAUAAUAACAAUAAUAAUAACACCUCAAAUAAUAACUCCUCUAAUAAUAAUAAUAAUAAUAAUAACAACUCUAGUCCAAGACAACCUUCUCAACCAACAAUUUCAACAACAACAACAUCAACGACAACAACUAAUUCAAAUGGUAAAAGAUUAAACACUCCAUUGAUUAUUGCUGCCGAUGGAUACCAAUGGAGAAAAUAUGGACAAAAAAAUGUCAAAGGUACACAAUUUCCAAGAUCAUAUUACAAGUGUACUGUCCCUGGAUGUACUGUUAAAAAACAAGUUGAAAAGUUAUCUGAAACCGAUGAAACAAAGAAUAGAGUCGUUUACAAGGGUACGCAUAAUCAUGAUUCACCGCAAACCACCCGAGUCAAUGCAACAGAUCAAACUUCAUUCAGAAAUAGUGUCUUGUCAUAUGAAUCUUACAAAACCACCACCACUACAAUCCUCACCUAUCCAAAUGAAAAUGUAGAUCAACCACCACAACAACAAGAAGAACAGCAACAACAACAAGAGGAAGAACCAAUGCACCAAAAGCAAGAAAAUGUUGAUCAUGAUGUAUAUGACCAUGAUCAACAUCAAAAUGUACAUAAAGAAGAAGCCAGAGACGCAAAUCUAUCCUCCAUUAUAAACAAUGAUAGCCAACCAUCAUCUCCACAACAACAACAACAACAUCACCAUCAUUAUCACCAUCAACAAGAGCACCAAGAACACCACCACCAAGAACAACAACACCACCAGGAGCAACACCAAGAACAACAACAACACCAUCACCAUCAUCAGGAUAUUGUUGUGAAUGAUAAUGAAUCUAUUCCCGACCAAGAAGAACAACAAUCUACCCAUCAUGAUGAUCAUUCAACUUCCUUGGUUGCAGUCACAGAUCAAGAAAAUACAACCAGUUAUCCAAUUCCAACCACUUCUACAAAUAUUGUUUUAUAUAAUAAUAAUAACAACAAUAAUAACUCCUCAGCUAAUAAUAAUAGUAAUAAUAAUAAUAACAACUCCUCAGCUAAUAAUAAUAAUAAUAAUAGUAAUUCAGUUCAAAUUCAAAUACCAAAAUUAGUUAUUGAAACCAAUCAAACUUCAAUUGAUCACUUGGACGAUGGGUUUAAUUGGAGAAAAUAUGGACAAAAAGCAGUAAAAGGUACACAUUUCCCAAAAAGUUAUUUUAAAUGUGCAGAACCAGGAUGCUCUGUAAAGAAACAAGUUUUGCAGCAAAGUGAAAAUAGUUUUCUUAGUACCUACAAUGGAAAUCAUAACCAUGACCCUCCAUCUACUGAAAAUGAUUCUGUUCGAAAGAGAAAGCGUCAACAACAGCAUCAAUAA